CGACCCGCGUGAGGAGAAGUGCUACAGAAAUUAGAUGGCUGGAUUAUUAUUAUGAUUAUGAAACUUUGAAUGCUUUUAAUGUGAAAAUUGGUAGCGGAAGGGGUCGUGCGAAGGAGGGGGCGGGGCCUCGCGACUUCGGAAGUGUUCGGAAACGUUCGGCUCCACUCGCGUGUUUUCCUCCCACGCAGCAAAAAGCUGCUCGGCGACGCGCGGGCGCCCACAACUCGGACCGAGCGACUCGAGCGGACGCUGCGGAAAACGGAAACGCAGCCCUCGUACGCUUCCGGCGGAAGCGGAGGAAGCGAAAGCGGAAGGAACCAUGUACCAGAUCCAGGACAGCUGCUGCGCGGCCUCGUGGCGUCGGCGCGCUCGCUCCCUGACGACUCCGACCGAAUCCCUGGAGGACGAGUUUGUGAAAGCCAAGGCGGCUGUGGAGUCAGACACGCAGUUUUGGGACAAGAUGCAGGCCGAGUGGGAGGAGCUCGCUCGCAGGAAGUGGCUGGAGAAAGAGGAGGAGGAGGGCGAGAGGCUGACUCCGCCCACCGCCUCACCUGUGGGGAAGGGUUACACGUUCAGCAGCGACAACCCGUUCGCGGACUGCUGCGGCGCCUUCGCCGAAGCCCAGGAAAAGGUCGGCGAGGGCGACCUGAACAGCGCUGUGCUGCUGUUGGAGGCGGCCGUCUUGCAGGACCCGCACGACUCGGAGGCGUGGCAGGUCCUGGGGACGACGCAGGCCGAGAACGAGAACGAGCGGGCCGCCGUGGCGUCGCUGCAGAGGUGCCUGGAACUGCGCCCUGAUGACCUUCGGGCUCUGAUGGCGCUGGCGGUGAGCUUCACCAACAGCGGCCUGCCUCGCCAUGCCUGCGGCGCCCUCUACAGGUGGAUGGGACACAACCGGCGCUACCGACACCUCCUCGGACCGCUGGCCGCCACGCCUCCCGACGCCGCGCCCGACAGUUUGUGUGCGCAGGAAGUGGUGCCGCUGUUCCAGGAGGCGGCCCGUCUGAACGCGGACCGCGUGGAUCCAGAACUCCAGAACGGCCUCGGCGUUCUCUUCAACCUGACGGGCGACUUCAGCGAGGCGGAGCGAGCGUUCAGCGCCGCGCUGUCCGUCACGCCCCAGGACUACCUCCUGUGGAACCGAUUGGGCGCCACGCUGGCCAACGGGUGUCGUAGUUUGGAUGCGGUCGGCGCAUACGCCAAAGCGCUGCAGCUGCAGCCGGGAUUCAUACGAUGCCGAUACAACCUCGGAGUCAGCUACUUGCACCUGGGUGCGCACAGGGAGGCCGCGACCAACUUCCUGACGGCGCUGAAGCAGCAGCGGCGAAGCGAGAGCGGCAGUCGAAAUCCGAACCGGAUGUCGGCCAGCGUCUGGGCCGCCUUACGGUUGGCGGUCUCUGCGAUGGACCCGCCGGAACUGGUCCAGGCCGCCGACGCCGAGGACUUGGACCGGCUCACGGUGGCCUUCGACAUGGCCGAUGACGACUUUCCUGAUUGAUGAUGGUGAUGGUGAUGAUGGACUGAUCUCACUUCCCAAAACACGCAAGCAGGAAAUCCAAGUUUGGACCAAAGACCACAGCACCACACUGUCGACACUUCCUGUUAACACUCAGCACUUCCUGUUUCCACUCUGCACUUCCUGUUACCACACGUCAACACUUCCUGUCAUAGAUAUGAAUGGCUAUGUAGAUAUGGCAGCGCAAAGAAGCAGCCCGGCUAAGCGGCGGCCAUGUCGGGGAGAUGGACGUUUGUUCAGAGAUCGACGUUCCCGUAGAAGGCAAUUCGGGUCACUCAAACUAAGUCGGAACUCGCUUAUUCCUCAAUCGAUUUUCACGA